UGACUCUGACCAUCUUCUCUCCCUUUUAUCUCUCCGCCCUAUUUCUCUCUCUCUCUCUCUCUCUCUCUCUCCUUAGCAGCAGCAGCAGCAGCCUUUGACCGUAUCUCAGCCCUCCAUCUCUGUCUCUCUGUCUCUCUGUCUGUCUCUGUCUCUCCUCCUUCCAUUUUCCCACCUUCUUCAUUCUCGUCGCUCCCCUCAGCCUCCUGUUUUUCCAUAAUCUUCUCCUUCCUUCCUUCCUUCCUUCCAAUCCUAAUCUUUUCAAACAAAACAUUUCAUCAAUUUUCCAAAUGGGUUUCCUUUCAUUUCAUUUCUCCGAUGUUUAAAACCAUUUGUUUGUAAUGAAUGACCAUCCAAACCAUACUCCAAACCCCUGCUUUUCUCUCCCUCUGCUUCUCUCUGCGUCUCUCUCUCCCUCCAUCUCCAUCUCCAUCUCCAGCUUCGGAUCCAUUUCCUUUCUUUCAUUCAUUUUCCUCUCCCAUCUCCCACUUACUCAAAACCUUCACCAUUUUCACGCAAAAGGGUUACUAAAUUAGAACCCCAAUUACCAAUUCCAAACCCCAUCACACAAUCGGCCAAAAUCUCCAACCCUCGCCCCUUCUGGGUUCGCUUUUUCAUGUCUGAACCAUUGCGAUUUUCAUUUCCCAAUUUUUACUGAUUCUUCUUCUCCUUAAUGGGAAAUGUAACCGGCAGUGUCGCUGCGAAAUUUGCCUUCUUCCCUCCUGACCCUGCCACCUAUGACGUUUACAGAGGCGAGGAUGGACGCCUCGCCUUCUCCGGCGUCUCCGCCGAUAGCAACAUGAACGUUCAUUUGCUUGAUACCAAGGCCGGGAACAGGAUCGUCGCUACCUUCUGGAAACACCCUUUUGCCCGAUUUACGCUUCUUUAUUCCCAUGGGAAUGCCGCUGACCUCGGUCAGAUGCAUGAGCUCUUCAUUGAGCUCAGAGCUCAUCUCCGCGUCAACAUUAUGAGCUAUGACUAUUCGGGGUACGGCGCAUCGACCGGUAAGCCAUCUGAAUUCAAUACAUAUUACGAUAUAGAAGCUGUUUACAACUGUUUGAAGAGUGAUUAUGGGAUCAAGCAAGAAGAAUUGAUAUUAUAUGGCCAAUCUGUGGGGAGUGGACCGACGUUACACUUGGGGUCUCGAUUACAAAGACUAAGAGGCGUCGUUCUCCAUAGCGCCAUACUUUCGGGCAUCCGAGUAUUGUAUCCUGUCAAAAUGACAUUUUGGUUCGACAUUUUCAAGAACAUAGACAAAAUAAGGCUGGUGACAUGUCCCGUGUUAGUCAUACAUGGAACAAAUGAUGAUAUUGUUGAUUGGUCCCAUGGAAAACGACUAUGGGAGCUCGCGAAAGAAAAAUACGACCCGUUAUGGGUGAACGGCGGGGGACAUUGUAACCUCGAGACAUAUCCGGAGUACAUUAAGCACUUGCGCAGGUUCAUCAACGCAAUGGAGAAGCUCUCAGCUAAGCAAACGGCAACGAAACAACUCACUUCGACCCCGAGUAUUACAGAGGAGAAACAUAACAAAUGCUUGAGAUUUGGUAAAAAGUAAUGAUUUGGUUUGCCAUGGUUGAUGUAGGGAUUCAAAACGAGAUAGACAGAAGUGUUGGACAUGAAGGCGCUCAGGUUUGGUUGUAGAAUCCAGAUUAGUAUAAGUUUCUGAGACAAACUCUGUUCAUAAUCUUUGUUAUGGAACAAAAUGUAGAUCUGGGUUUCACUUGUUAAAUUGAAGCAAAGCAUUGAGCUAUGCUAUGCUGUUCCAGAGAGAUCAUAAUGGGGGCUCUUUCCUUUCCCUCUGUCGCAUGAUCUUGUCUUACACUGUCUUAAACAACAUAAAUGAGUAGAAUUUUCACUUCCCUUCUCUUUUCUGGGUAUUUAAUACAACAUUAUGUAUUGUAU